AUGGCCGAAGUCCUAGGUGUAAUUUCUGGUCUCUACACAGCAGGACAAGCUCUGCAUACAUUUGCACUACAAAUCAAACAAUGGAGGCUGUUAUCCGAGCGACUUCUCGACAUCAAAGAGGGCCUCGAGUUUGCAAAACUUUCUCUUGACAGCUGGCAAUACAAGUACGACAUCCAAAUUCAUCGACCCGAUAUCCACACCAGAAUCCUGUUUGGAAAAGAGGGCCAUGAGCGCAUAACAGCCACAAUCGGUGCCAUCAACAUAAUUACCAGAAGUAUCAAGAGCGAUAUUAGCCGAGUUAGAGGCCUUCCUCUCAAAGUUCAGUCUAAACGAGCCUACUAUGGGGAAAAACACAAUAUUAGCAACGAGGAGCGAGUCAAAGAAUGCCUCCGGAAGAUACAAAGCAAUAAUACUUGGUCGCGCAGAUUUGUCUUGAGCGUUUUGGGGAAAGCGGAUGACCUCGAGAUGCGCCUUAAACGACUGCACCAGAAGCUUACCAUGCUUGAACGCUUUUCCGACUUCUUCCUCGAAAAGGAACACGCGGACAUUUUCUCAGAGAUAAAACGACUCCCUGGAAGACGCGUGAUAAUCAAAGUAGGCGAUGGAAGGACGGAAACGAUCCAGAGCAGGGUUCUAGAUGCUGUUCGUGCCCAGAAAGACGCUGAGCGGCUACAUCGAUGUAGUGCACCGAGCCAACAGAAUGGAAUACACAUUGGUAUAUCAGUUCCUCGAGUCCACAAGCGCGACUUUGCGUUCCUACUCAGUAUGAAUGGGACGAGCUACGAAGUCCUUGUCCAGCCCGUUACUAUCAGGGCCGUCCACGAUCCAUCCAUGGUCCCAAAGAACCUCGCUACUGCCGUGUCAACUCUUGCGAAAAAGAAACAGGAUAAUUGCUACAUGGUACCAUCGUUGUCGACAUCGGCAGGCUUCAUUGUUCAGAAUCCGCCGACAAAUCUUCUCUCUGCCCUGGAAUACAAGGAACCCUUAUCCACUGCCAUCCGCGACCAGAACGUCUACCUUAGCUCACAAAAGCUGUACUCGCAAGACCAAAACGCGAUAGCAACUGGCAUCGCACAAGGCUGUUUUCGGCUGAUAGGAAGCCAGUGGCUGUCUUUCCUCGACUGUUCGAACAUACGUUGGCGCAGGACCAAGGAUGGAAAUUGGGCUAGCAUGCUAGCCGCAGCGCCUGGUCAGUCGUCGACGACACGCACUCUGGAGCAAUGCUAUAAAGUCAACCGCCAGAGGCGAGACAGCCGCGAUCUUUCCAAACAUAUACAAAUCUUCCGCAUCGGACUCGUUCUUGCUGAGAUAGCGCUUAAAGCUCCGUUUUCUUACAUUGAUUUCGACACUACGACCCACAAAACGAAAUUGUACAUUAACGAUGGCGAAGAGGUUAGUGCCCAUGACGUCGCAUCGCAAGUUGAUAUGAAGAGCAAUAUUCUAUUGGGAAACAUGGUAUUCUUCUGCCUCAAUGUCCUGCAGGACAACCAUGUCAUGGAUGAGAGGAGCAUUGACGGUGGUUAUUUCCAGGAUGUGCUCAAGCAGGCAGAAGAGCUCGAAAGGAUCCUUGGGGCUGAUAGGCGAAGAGGUGGCUUAAUUCCCGGCUCGAGCACAAUGGGAAGUGGUUCAAAUACGCCAAGAUCAGCUGGAAGCGCAUACGUGUAUUGA